AAUUAUCUAAACACAAAUAAAUGUUUGCAAAUUAAAAUUUUAAAAUGUUAAAUAAAACAAAUUUGUACAUCAAUUUAAACCACGAAAACAUUUGCCAUUUUAUUCAAUGUGAUAACGUUAAUUUGGCCUGAAAGCCUUUAGGAUUAAAUUAUUAAAAACAGUGGUGACUAAAUAUGCCGGGAGAAUCUUGGAAAUGAAUCAGUUAAUUUAAUUAUCCUGAUAAAGUGAACCAUGCAAGCUGACAAAGAUAAAAUAAAGAAAAGAGAAUCUAUAAUUUCAAAACAGAACCACAUAAUUGAGGAGAUUUGCGAAGAUGGAGCGAUUCAAUAUAAUUGUACAGCCUGUCGCAAAUGUUUUCGCAGCCGUUCCCAAAAAUAUUAUCACUUAAAUUGUAAUCAACUGCAAAACUUGAUAUACAAGUGUGAACAUUGUGAUAAGAGUUUUGUCCGACAUUCGCAAUGGAAAUAUCACAACGAAUCCCAUCUAUCACCCGUUAACGAGUGCAACAAGUGCCAGAAAAUAUUCUCUAAUCCCUUAGCUUUAAAAAAACAUGUGGCUUUACACAAGGUAGAACCAAAGUCGUGUCCACAUUGUAACAAGACAUUCAAAAAGAAAAUCUCAUUAGAUCAACAUGUUGCUGCACAACAUCUAAACCAACUACAAUAUGGUUGUGCUCAAUGCAGUAAGAAAUAUGCCUCAAAGUCUACACUACAACUACAUCUCCAAUCACAUGAGAAAAAACGAUUUGAGUGCUCAUUUUGCGGAAAGCAAUUCCAACGUAACUCAAUUUUAAAUCUGCAUUUAAAACGCCACAACAAUACAAAUGUAAUUUGUAACGUAUGUCAGAAAGUAUACAGUGAAUCCGGAGCACUGGCAAGACAUCGCAAAAUACAUGAAGAAAAUGGUAUACAAUAUCAUUGCAAAUUGUGUGAUAAAAUUAUACUAAGAAAAGACAAUAUGACAAGACAUUUAAAUACCAUACAUCCAGAUGAAAAGUUUGAUAAUAUUGUCGAAGUAAUAAGUCCACCGACAACAGACACUAAUGUAGCGUUAAACCAAACAAAUAUGGAAAGUGAUAAUUAUAAAUUAAGAGAAAAACACUUAACGAAGCCCGAGAAAAAUGUUGUAAUUAUUGAAAAUAAACUGCUGCAUAAACCUUUUGAACUGAAAGACUCUAUAAAUGAUCUUCCAAAUAAAUUAACAAAUAAAAUUGAAACUGUUGAAUAUCCAUUGAUAAAUCAAAUAAAUGUUAUAACACCAGUUCCUACAUACGAACAAAUUAUCGAAAAUACAUCACUCAAUUGUAUACAGCAUUAUAAAACCACAGAUCAUCAACAACAAGUAGAAGAUAAGUUAUUUGAUCCUGUAUUAUUUUACAAAAAUGAUGCAAGUGGUCCAAACUGUGAUCUAAAUGUAAUACAAAAUGAAUUUGUUGAAGAACUUGAAACUAAUGCAGCAUUGAAUAAUCAUAAUUCAUCAAGUUUGAAGAAAUCUCAAAAUCAGACUUUACAACAAAAUAAAAUACAAGACACCUGCAAUAAUCAAGAAUAUAUUCAACAUCAUAUACUAGAAAAAGAACUAAAUAUUCAACAUCAAUCAUCUCAAAUUUAUGAACCACCUAAAACACAAACUAUUUCUUCAGUCAUCAGAUCCAUUGGGAAUGUUAAAAAUUUGAGCUGCCCUAUUGUUGCGAUCACAAAACCAAUAAAUCAAACAUGUACGGAAUAUAAGCAUAAAAAAUAUUGCCGUAAUAAUUACAACAUUGAUUUAUAUCGAAAGAUAUUGGGCUGCGAUGAUGAGGACGAUGAAGAAGAAGAAGAAGAGAAGGUACAACAAACUUUCAUACAAACACCACAAUCAGAGGAAAAUUUGUGCGAUAGUCAUAUGAUGAAAUUAUCAACUCCAGUACAUUGGCGUAAAAGUUUUAAAAAUAAUUAUGAAACAUGGUCAUCAUAAAUUAUGGUAAGUUUGUGUAUAUUAAAACGUAUGUAUUUACAAAUAUUUUAUUAAUUAAUUUAUAUUUAAGACAAACAUCUAUUUAUUUUUUUAAUAUACAUACAUACAUGUUCAUAGACCCAUUGUCUGUCCGAAUUUUUAUGGCGUUAUAUACGUCGUUAGAAAGAUCUUUGAAAUAUCUAUCAUUAGCUGUACAUAUUGUCUAUAUUAUAGAGUGAAACAUCGCGGAAGUCGUGUUUUUGUUUGCUUAUUUCUCGAAAUUAAUUAGCAACCGAACUGUAGCGGUUAUAUUAAUGUAUCAAUCAAUAUGUAAGUCAUUUGGCAUCUUCGGAAAAAUAUAUUUAAGGUACAUUUUUAUACUUUUUCAGUUGUGUUUUCUUAAUUAUUAGCUCUUGACCUAAUGAUAAUGAUUUUUGUAAAUUUCAAAUAUGGCUUUGUAAGUUUCCCAUUAAAUUAAUGUGUAAUUUUACAUGGUUUUUUAUUAAAACUAAAGACACAUUUUGUUCUCCUAAAGAGUUUUAAAACAAAUGUGGUUCCUAUCAUUAUUUCAUUCCAAAAUAAUGAAACUUUUAACUCAGCUCGCUUUGAUAAUGCAUGAAGAGAAUUUAUCCUAUAACCAAAUUCCUGAAAAACAAUUAGUUGUUUUGAAAUUAAUUCAAUGUAUUGAAUUGUUCCCAUCUUAUAGUAGUUUAUUGUCUAUGCCUUUAAUUAAAACAAAAAUUUAGUUUUUUUCUGAGAAAUAUUAUUGUAGAGCUAAAAGAACUGAUUUAUAAUGUGUGAUUAAGAAAUUUAAUAUAAGCUUAAUAAAUAUUUUAUUCAUUUUGAGAAUAGUUACAAUAUACAUACUAAA